CUGACGAUAAAAAAAGCAAAAAUGCAUUCACAACCACUGAGUUUAAUCAAACUAUUGAUUCUAAUCAAUUUGUGAAUCAUCAAGAAAGAAAUUUUAAGGAAAUUCUUAUUUGUGAUAAUGAUAGUUUGAAACUUAAUAAUGCCAAGAACAUCGCCGGAAUUCCGUCUACCUUAUUUAUUAUUCCAACAGAAACAGAAACUUCAAAAACCACUCCUACUAUUGAUGCUUUAGAUUGUUGUGAUACAGGUGGUCCUGGUAUCAUUAAUAAAUUAUCUGGUGCUUAUUAUAGUAUGAGUUAUGAUGCUGUAAGUUCUGAAGAAUGCUGUAGAAAAUGUUCGGCUGAUUCUAAUUGUAUUGGAUGGGGAUAUAACAUUCAAACUAAAUUAUGUUUUGGUGAAUCAAUUAAUGAUCCUGAUGCUGAUGAAUUUUGUAAAUAUACAACGGAUUAUUAUGCAAAUUUUGUUGGAGGUAGACCUGGAUGUGGUGAUG